AUGGCUAGAGUUCAAAGUGAUCUCUCUAAGGUUGAAAAGGCACAGGAGCUUGAAGAAACCGACUACAGGGAUCGAAUGAAGAAGCAGGGGAAAGAACUCAGCUCUGCCGACCGCAAGCAAUACAACUCUCUUCGAGCCCAGGUCAUGGCUAAGACUUCCAUGAACCAAGCAAACCUUGAUAAUCUGCUACGUCAGCAAAAAUCUGAUGAAGUAACAGUCAAUACAUUUAAAGGUCGUCUAGAUAGGGUCACAGCGAGUCUCGAGAAGUUUGAGCAGGAGUUUCAAAUCACUGCCAGCCGAAAAUCAGCUGCACAAGCCAAUCGCCGCACAGAACUAGAAGAGCGUCUCGAGGAUGUUGCUCGGAAGCUUCGCGAAGCUGAUGAUGGUAGGCGACAGAACGAUCGAGAGACGCGUCUUCGAGAAAUGGUCACGUCGCUCAAACGGAUCUAUCCGGGAGUAAAAGGCCGAGUGGGAGAUCUUUGCAAGCCCAAGCAGAAGAAAUUUGACGAGGCGGUUAUCGUGGCCCUUGGCCGGGACUUCGAUUCAGUGAUUGUAGACACUGAGAAGACCGGCAUUGCCUGCGUCCAGUAUCUGAAAGACCAACGGUUUCCGCCCAUGACCUUCAUUCCUUUAGACAAUAUCAAAGUUAGUGCGGUGAAUACUGCCAUCAAAGGAAUAUCUGGUGCCCGCCUCACCAUCGACACGAUUGACUUUGAUGCAAACCUCGAGCGCGCCAUGUCAUACGCUUGUGGAAGUUCCGUGGUUUGCGAUGGCCUGGACAUCGCCAAGCAGAUAUGCUAUGAGAGGAGAAUCCCGGUCAAGGCUGUGACAAUAGAGGGAUUUGUUAUUCACAAAGCUGGUCUGAUGACUGGGGGUCGUGGUCCGGAGAACAAGGGCGGAAAGCGCAGGUUUGAAGAGCAUGACGUCCAACAUCUUCAGCGUCUUGCCACGCAGUGUAAAGAAGAGCUCGAAAAACUGCCCAAGGUAGAUCGACGAGGCAACACAGAGGAGUCAUUGCAAAGCGACCUCGCAGGCCUUGAACAGAGAUCCACGUACGCCAAGAAGGAGCUCCUCGCUCUCGACAAAAACCUGGAAAGCACGAAAAGGCUGAGAGACAAUGAAAGCAACAAACUGAGGGAAAUCGAACCUGAAUUAACACAGAAACAAGAUUCAUUGGAGCGUAUUGGGCGGGCACUCGGGUACAGCAACAUCAGAGAAUACGAAGCCCAGCAAGGCAGUAUGGAGCAAGAGAUGGCGGAACAGCGCAAUAUCUACGAGGUCCAAAAGCAAAGACUCAAGAGUCGUCUCUCCUGGGAAGAAUCCCGGCAUAGCGAGUCGGUAGCCCGGAUCCGCCGAAUGCAGGACCAACUUCGCCGACUACAGAAAGACAUCAGCUCCUACAAGCAAGAAAAGAAGAGGAUUGAGCAAGAGAUGAAGAAGGAGCAAGAUGAGCUAGAGGCACUUGGUGACAUACUGGAAGAGCACAGAGCUCGUCUUGUAGAAAAGAAUGAGCAAGUGGCAGAGGCCCGGGUCGCGGUACAAAAACGAGGCAAAGAGAUCGAAAUAAGGCAAAAAGAGAUCAACGCUCUUGAAACAGUAGUACAGCAAAACAGCAACGGGAAAUUCAACUUGUUACGACGGUGCAAACUCGAGCAGAUACAGGUUCCUCUCAUCAGCGGCUCUCUAGACAAUCUACCCAAUGAGGAUACCCUCCUUCAUCAGGAUCCAGACGCCAUGGAUGUCGACGAUGAAGACGACGAUGAAGAGGUUACUGGUAGGGAGGCGAUCCAGGCUGCUCUAGAUGAUCAUGGCAUUGAGCUCGACUUUGACAAUCUUGAUGAGGAGCUUCAGGAGUCCGAUGGCCUUGAUAUCGAAGAAAGACUUGAUGGAAAGAUCAGUUCGUUGAGUGGGGAGCUUGAGAAGCUAAAUCCGAACAUGCGGGCUAUCGAGCGAUUGGGGGAUGUGGAGUUUCGCCUCAAAGAUACCGAAAAGGACUUCGAGAAGGCACGCCUCGCGCAAAAACGGGCCCGUGAUGCUUUCAACGAGAUCAAGGCACGGCGGUUCGAACUCUUCAACAAGGCUUUUUCUCAUAUUCAGGAGCAGAUUUCUCACGUCUACAAAGAUCUGACCAGAUCCGAAGCCUAUCCCCUAGGCGGUCAAGCCUACCUAGACAUUGAAGAGGACACUGAUACCCCAUAUCUCUCAGGAAUCAAAUAUCAUGCCAUGCCCCCUCUAAAGAGGUUCCGGGAUAUGGAGCAUCUUUCUGGUGGAGAGAAAACAAUGGCUGCUCUUGCCCUUCUUUUCGCCAUACAUAGCUAUCAGCCAAGCCCCUUCUUCGUCCUUGACGAGGUAGAUGCCGCCCUGGACAAUGCCAAUGUUGAGAAGAUCAAAAAUAUAUACGGGAGCAUUCUGGACAGCGAAAGUUUAGUUGGCGUUUAUCGCGAUCAGGACGUCAACAGUUCAAGAACGCUCACAUUGGAUCUUCGAAAAUACACCUGA